ACAAUUCUACUGACAACGCAUUUUAUGGAUGAAGCAGACGUGUUGGGUGAUCGCAUUUCAAUAAUGGCCAAGGGAAGGCUAGCGUGUGCGGGCACUUCGGACUUCUUGAAAACACGUUUCGGUACUGGUUAUCUGUUGGUAAUUGCACUGAAUGUACGUUGA